AUCAACUCAUCAUGUGCAUAACUGAUCGAAUACAAUGCCGUUAAUCUACAUAUCUUACCUUAAGGGACGAAAAUUUAAAAAAUAUUGGACAUGGUUACUUUUGAUUAUGUCGGCGAUUUUUAUCAUACAUUUCAUAUCUCCCUCAUUAUUUACUGGUGAAUGCCAAACAAAACAGAGAAUAAUAAGCGACUGGAGUAUUAUAACGGUGGAUGAUGACAAUGAAUUUAACAGCAAUAACUUUAGUUUGAUUUCUGAUUCCUUUCUGGCCUCCAGACGCCAGUUCAUGAAAGAGGAAAUUCGACACGUGGCUUUCCUUAAGGUCCACAAGACCGGAAGCUCUACAGUUACGAGUAUAAUUCAGAGAUUUGGAUGGGCGAGACAGCUGAAUUUUAUUCUUCCGGCAACAAGCCCUAAUCUUUUCAGUCAAAAUGAAAGUAUUACAACCAAUAACAUUCUGCAUAUUGACAAAGACGAAACUUACGACAUAUUGUGCAAUCACGUAAUAUACAACAAGCAGGCAUUUCAAAAAUAUUUACCACCUGAUACAGUGUACAUUGGAAUUGUAAGGGACCCUUUUGAUCAAUUUGUUUCAUCUGUUUACUACUAUAAGUACAGAUGGAGCGUUCCCUACCUCGCCCGUCUUCCUAUUAGGUACCCUAUAAAAUACUUACUGGAAAAUCCGAAUCAAUACGAACCCAAAAAUUAUCAGAAUUCGUUCACAAAGAGCAGAAUGUCCGUGGACUUCGGAUUACCUGAAGAAUUAUUUCAUACAACUGAUAAAAACAAGAUAUUGCCCUACCUUCGAAAACUACACUCAGAAUUCAAACUGGUAAUGAUUAAGGAAUACUUUGACGAAUCUUUGAUUCUUCUUCGAAGAAUUUUAAAUUGGAAUAUGAAAGAUAUCCUUUACAUAAUCAAGAACUCGUCAAAGUACGUGCCACUUAGAAGCUAUCGGGACAGAUAUCUUCAUAAGCAGCACUCAUUUCUUGAUUAUUGUUUGUAUAACUUUUUUGUUAGAAUAUUCUGGAAAAGAGUCAGGCAACAAGGAGAGGAUUUUCACGCCGAAGUUUCGUAUUUUCGACAGCUGAGAUCUGCAGUGGAAGACUUUUGUUCUGAAGUGGUGAAAAAAUCAGCUUUGCCUGUUCAGGUGUUUGAAGCAAAGGAAAACGAAUUUCAUUCUUACAUUGUUAUUAAUAAGGAAGAAUGUGUACUCUUAUCGAUGGACGAAGUAGAAUUUUCAAAUAAACUUAAAUGGCGACAAUUUCCACACCUUCGUCCAAUGGGAAAUCAAAGAAGACAUCCUAGGAAAAGAUGGUAG